AUGGGACAAACCUAUAUGCGUCUGCCAGAAGAUGGCGAUGACGGAAAUUCCAGUGCCAGCAGGCUUCCAGCGCCCACGAGCGCACAUCUGGCAACAACCACGCUGCAGGUCGGCGGCAUGACAUGCGGCUCAUGCACGUCGGCCAUCGAAUCAGGCUUCAAAGGCGUUGCCGGCGUCGGAACAAUCUCCGUCAGCCUGGUAAUGGAGCGCGCCGUCGUCACCCAUGACCCAGAGAUCAUACCCGCCGAGAAGAUACAAGAGAUCAUCGAGGACCGUGGAUUUGAUGCUGAGGUCCUCUCGACCGAUCGUUCCAACCCCGCGACUACUCGAUGGAACAACCACUUCUCCGACCAGAGCACUGUGAUUGGGAACGAAACUGAGUCUGCACCUACUGCGACGACAACUUUCGCCAUUGAGGGCAUGACGUGUGGCGCUUGCACGUCUGCUGUUGAAGCCGGCUUCAAUGGCGUGGCUGGCGUACUCAAGUUCAACAUUAGCCUUUUGGCGGAACGAGCUGUCAUUACUCAUGACGAGACGAAGCUUUCAGCGGAGAAGAUAGCCGAAAUUAUCGACGAUCGCGGAUUCGAUGUUAUUAUUCUAUCAACACAGCGCGACUUGGUCCAUCAGGGAGGAGACACCUGUACCGUUCAGCUCAAGGUCUUCGGCUGCAAGGAUGCGACCACUGCCCAGUCUCUGGAGGAAGGCCUCACUGCAGUCCAGGGCAUCAGGUCCGCAUCUCUCAGCCUCAGUACGGAUCGCCUGACGGUCGUCUACCAACCCAGGACGAUAGGCCUACGUGGCGUUGUUGAGGCUAUAGAGGCGCAGGGCUUGAAUGCCCUCGUUGCAAGUGGCGAGGAUAAUAACGCGCAACUUGAGUCGCUGGCCAAAACGCGCGAGAUCACCGAGUGGCGGACAGCGUUCAGGACGUCGCUUGCAUUCGCGAUCCCCGUCCUCUUCAUCGGCAUGAUUAUUCCGAUGGCGAUCCCAGUGAUAGACAUUGGACGAUUCGAACUCAUACCUGGUCUAUUUCUGGGUGACAUCGUAUGUCUCGUUCUCACCUGGCCUGUUCAGUUCGGGAUUGGCAAGAGGUUCUAUAUCUCUGGGUACAAAUCUAUUAAACAUAGAUCGCCAACAAUGGAUGUUCUCGUCGUUCUCGGCACCUCAUGUGCUUUCCUUUUCAGCGUCUUCUCCAUACUCGUCUCAAUCCUUCUUGAGCCACAUUCUAAACCUUCCACGAUCUUCGACACAUGCACCAUGCUCAUCACAUUCAUCACACUGUCUCGGUGGCUCGAGAACCGGGCUAAAGGUCAGACUUCUAAGGCGCUGUCUCGUCUUAUGUCCCUAGCUCCGUCCACAGCUACCAUUUAUGCUGAUCCUAUCGCCGUGGAGAAGGCAGCAGAGAGCUGGGCAAGGUCAUCUGACGAGCCCCCAACACCCAAGGCAUCUGAGUCUCAUGAACCUGGCGUCUCUGCUUGGGAGGAAAAGGUCAUCCCAACAGAACUACUUGAGGCUGGCGAUAUUGUGGUCAUCCGACCCGGCGACAAGAUUCCAUCAGACGGCAUUCUGGUUCGAGGGACUACAUUUGUUGACGAAAGUAUGGUCACCGGGGAAGCCAUGCCUGUUCAGAAGUACAUUGGUGAUAGUAUCGUCGCAGGCACUGUUAACGGCGAUGGGCGCGUUGACGUGCGCGUUACUCGGGCUGGCCAUGAUACCCAGCUAAGUCAGAUUGUCAAGCUAGUACAAGACGCACAAACUGCCCGUGCUCCCAUUCAGCAGCUAGUCGAUACCAUAGCCGGCUACUUUGUUCCCAUGAUUCUUAUCCUCGGUCUUGGUACGUUCCUUGUAUGGAUGGUCCUAUGUCAUAUUUUAUCCCAUUCCCCGGAGAUCUUCCUCGAAGAUAAUAGUGGUGGCAAAGUCGUAGUCUGUGUUAAGUUGUGUAUCUCCGUCAUUGUCUUUGCUUGUCCGUGCGCUCUUGGACUAGCUACGCCAACGGCCGUGAUGGUCGGUACUGGGGUCGGUGCAGAAAACGGAAUUCUCAUCAAGGGCGGUGCUGUCCUGGAACGUGUAACCAAGGUCACGCAGGUUGUUCUCGACAAAACCGGCACGAUUACCUACGGUAAGAUGAGUGUGGCCAGCGUGGGUCUUGUCCCGCAAUGGGCAAGAAGCGAGGUCAGCAAACGACUGUGGUGGUCCAUUGUCGGUUUAGCAGAGAUGGGGAGCGAACAUCCUGUGGGCAAGGCUAUUCUUGGUGCUGCAAAGAAUGAGCUAGGUAUCUCGUCCGAAGGAACCAUUGAUGGCAGCGUCGGAGACUUCAAAGCAGUCGUAGGCAAAGGCGUCAGUGUGACCAUCGAGCCAGCUACCGCGAAUCGGUCACGAUACAUGGUACUGGUCGGCAAUCUCGUCUUCUUGCAGGACAAUGGUAUCACUGUUCCUGAGGAUGCUGUCGAGGCCGCAGAGAAACUCAACCUGGCGGCUGACGAGGGCAUAUCACAGGGCAAGAGCAAUACCCGCAGUGCUGGGACCACCAAUAUCUUCGUUGCCAUCGACGGUCUCUACACUGGCCAUGUAUGCCUCUCCGACACAAUUAAAGAGGACGCUGCAGCGACUAUCUCAGUCCUGCACCGCAUGGGCAUAAAGACCGCCAUAGUGACCGGCGACCAACUGUCUACGGCACUUGCCGUCGCCUCUGCCGUGGGUAUUGAUGCCAACAAUGUUUACGCUGGCGUUAGCCCCGAUCAGAAGCAAGAUAUCGUGAAAGAGAUCCAGGCACGCGGUGAGGUUGUCGGCAUGAUCGGCGACGGGAUUAACGACUCUCCGGCGCUCGUGACGGCAGACGUGGGCAUUGCUAUGGCCAGCGGAACAGAUGUCGCGAUGGAGGCGGCGGAUAUGGUGCUUAUGAGGCCGACAGAGCUUAUGAUCAUCCCGGCUUCACUGGCGCUAACGCGCACCAUAUUCCGCCGUAUCAAGCUUAAUCUCGGAUGGGCAUGCGUCUAUAACGCUAUUGGCCUCCCUAUUGCCAUGGGCUUCUUUCUUCCGUUCGGGCUCAGCGUCCAUCCUAUAAUGGCGAGUCUUGCGAUGGCGUUUAGCAGUGUCACGGUGGUGGUCAGCAGCCUGAUGCUCAACUCUUGGACAAGGCCUGUUUGGAUGGACGAGAUGGCGAAGAACGGCGGCAGUGAGCCCAGGUCAGAGAGGUGGGCAUGGGGAAGAGGAAUCGUCGGGUGGGUAAGGGAGAUGAUGGGACGCAGAGGCAAGGUGGAACAUGUUGGGUAUGUACCACUACAGAACAUAGAAGGCUGA